AUGGAUGGAUUUUCGGAGAAACUGGAUGUGCAUCAUGGAAAUGGACAGAGUGGAUGGGGAAGUUAUGAUGCAAAGCAGGCCUUUGGUACAAAAAUUUCUGGAGGUAUCACCAGUGCUUUUCUGGACAUGGAGAAUCCGGAGUUUUGGGUUCCAGAGUGGAUGUUGGAAAUGGACUACAGAGGAACAGGACGGAGGACGGAGGACGGAGGACGGAGGACGGAGGACGGAGGACGGAGGACGGAGGACGGAGGACGGAGGACGGAGGACGGAGGACGGAGGACGGAGGACGGAGGACGGAGGACGGAGGACGGAGGACGGAGGACGGAGGACGGAGGACGGAGGACGGAGGACGGAGGACGGAGGACGGAGGACGGAGGACGGAGGACGGAGGACGGAGGACGGAGGACGGAGGACGGAGGACGGAGGACGGAGGACGGAGGACGGAGGACGGAGGACGGAGGACGGAGGACGGAGGACGGAGGACGGAGGACGGAGGACGGAGGACGGAGGACGGAGGACGGAGGACGGAGGACGGAGGACGGAGGACGGAGGACGGAGGACGGAGGACGGAGGACGGAGGACGGAGGACGGAGGACGGACGGAGGACAGACAGAGGACAGACAGAGGACAGACAGAGGACAGACGGAGGACAGACGGAGGACAGACGGAGGACAGACGGAGGACAGAUGGAGGACGGACGGAGGAUGGAUGGAAAAUGUUGCAGAGUGGAAAAUGAGUAUCCUGGACUUGGAGGGAAUCCUGGAAAACAUAUUGGUGAUGAAAUACUGGAUAGGACAUGGAGCAGAAGUGGUAUCAGCAGCGAUGAAGAAAACAUCUGGAGAUGAUAAGGAGUUGUUCAGAGGUAUCAAUGAGAGCAUCCAUCAAGGAAGCUUCUGGAGAUCCAGAGUUACGAGCUUCAGAGGUAUAGGGUUGAACAGAAGUCAGGAUUUGCUACUGCACAGUGGAAAGGAUGAAGGAUGGAAAAUGAAGGAUGACAGAUGGAUGGAAAAUGUUGUGCAGUUGUGGAGGGAAGAUUGGUACUUCAGAGGGGCAGGAAGGAGGCCUGGCAAGGACCAACAAGAUUCUGGAGACUCGGAUGAGCAGAGGGUUUUCCAAGUCCUACUGCUGGAGAGUAGUGCUCUGGACCGCAGGAAAGGGUUCUGGAGCGGAAGUAGACACAGAGUGGAAAUAGGGGUGCAGAUCAGAAAUGCAUAUGGAGUGGACAUGGAGGUGGAGGAUUGGAAAUGGAGGUGGUGUAAAUGGGGCAGGAGUAGGGGCUGGGACCCAAUGGAACUAUUGCCAGAGGAAAACAAAACCCGAACACUUGGCAGAAAACCAUCAUGA